GCAAUGUAUAUGCCCGGCUCAUAACGGGUUGUUAAAGAUCGACAUCUUAAAAAUCAUCUAUCAUCUAGCAAUAUCAAGAUAUAUUGGGAAGCGCUGACGUCAUCGCUUAACUCCGUCUCCCCGUUCUGAACCCCAUGCCGAAAAAUAAACCCAUCCUCUGCAACAGAGAAAAUGGCGUCGUGAGUGAAAAUGAACACAAACAACAGUAGUUUUGAGCACAGCCCGUCUGUGAGUGAGGAUGCUAACAGUUCGUGGGUACAGUCCUGUGAAUACGAGCUCACGGCCUUACCCGAUCUACACUUGGGGGCAGAGGGCAGUGUUGAACUUGGCAACCUGGUGGAAGAUAAGGAAAUAGCGGCACGUGCAGUGGCCUUUGUUGUCAAUAGCACCAGGAAGGGAAUAGUCCCUCUCUGUGCUGACGUGGCCAAUCUUCUGCGAGCCAAAAGAAGACUCGAAAAGAAAGUGUUCAUCCUGAAGAAAGAGAAGGAUUUUCUGCAUUCAGCGUCCUCGUUAAGUCGACAGACCAGUCAUUCCAUAAGUCCAACCCCGGCCUCGUACAGCUCAGAGAAAAGUGCACAGGCAGAGUUUCUGUUUAAUCUCCCCUCUGAUAGAAACAGGCCAUGCUCUCGAUGUAGUCAAUGCUCAACCAUCAGCAGCUCUCCAAAUUUUGAUAAAAAUCGACAAAGACUUUCCAGUCUGCAAUACUCGCCUGCCAGUAGCCAUGGAGAUGAACCAAGCAACAGACGACAAUAUUCUCUGCGUGGAAAGCGGUCACGGUCUGAGAGCUGUGAUGCUCUCAAAGAGCAUCCUUUUUGUACAACGGAAGCGGAGAUCCAUGCGCAACCUAAGGAUAUUGAAUUCGAUUUCACUGAGGUUAACGUUAAUGGACAAUUACCAGACGAUAAUAGUUUGAAAGAUGAUAUUUUCGAUUGUGAUAACAUUGAUGAUAAGUCAGAGAUUGGAAAUAAAAAUCAAAAUGGAUGUGAAAUGAAUGAAAUUGAACAGAAUACCGAAUCUGAAAGAAAAUUUACACAAAACGGACAAACUGCAAAAUGUGAUUCUUCCAAUAAAGACGAUGCUGAAACGUUGGCGACGGUGAAAUCCAAGGGAACAAAUUCAAGCAAAAAGAAGAGUGCAUCAUCGUCAUCCGAUAGAGAUUCAGAAAGUAGUAUACAAAACAAUGAGAUGGAUUACAGAGAGAGUGAAUUGUCAACUCUAAGUGAGAGACGUGGCUCUGGGGAGCUAGUCGUUGAAAAGUACAAAUCAGUAACAACCACAUGUUCUGUGGCAGCAGAGAAAAGUUUAGAAGACAAAUUUGCUCAAAGUAUGUUGCUGAAUUCAAAACUAACUGAAGAAUUAGGUGCUGCAAAGAAAGAAAUCGAGAUUCUGAAGAAACGUUUAUCAGAACUAGAGCCCUACAAGAUCGAUAGUUGUACAUACGACAGACUGAUUAUUGAAAAUGAAGUAGGGGGUACCAAAAUGGAAUACCUGGAAAAGAAAUCGCUUAACAACAAUAAUCGACAAAGUAAAGGUAGUGAAAGGUAUCUAAAACAUAAGGUGACGCCAAUUUCACCAUACCUAUCCCAGCCCUUGUAUGGCUGUAAAUGUAGCGCGUGUGAAGCCGUGUUCUCAAGUUCCGAGUAUAUAUGGGAAGCCGACCAAGCUUUUACAGAGAAGAGGACCUUUUCAGUCAGUCACAAACUUCAUGUACAGCAGAAUGACCACGUUGUCGCUAAAGGUGACCGAACAGGCCAAAUUCGAUAUAUUGGACAUUUGGACAAACAAGGACAAUCCAAUCUGUUGUUCGCUGGACUGGAACUGGACUCUCCAGUUGGAAGGCAUGAUGGAGUCCUGAAUGGGAAAAGAUACUUUAGUUGUCCCAAGGACCAUGGGAUUUUCAUACCACUUCAAGAAAUUAUAUGUAAAGUUGGAAAGAAGGUACCCAAAAAAACUCCAGGCCGGGAAGAAUCAUCAAAACUGCAUCGAAAAAAGAAAAAUGAUAGACUGUUAACAAGCAAAUAGCGCUGUUGUAGAGAAGGGGUUUCAGCAAAUCCAGUCAUUAAAGGAGUUAAGAUGAAAGUCUAUAUGCCUUGCACUGCGUAUUCAAGUUUAUCUUUUAUUUUCUGGAAAAAGUGUACAUUGAGAAACAAAUUAACAUCUACUAAAGUCAUCUGUAUAAGUCAUAUUAAUAGAUGAGUCAAAAUAGCAUUAUGUUUAACGUUUCAUUGAUAAAAGUUGUUACUUCAAAACAUAUCGAAACUGCUUGUAUUGAAGUGAAAUGAUGAUCUUUAGACUUACUUGAUUUGUCUAAUCAUUAUUCAGAGAAAUGUUUUUCCUAGGUAUUAAAAUGUGCUGAGUAUCGAAACAGUAACUAAAAAGAUAAAUAAGGUUCUGGAGAUAAAUUAUAUUAGUGCUUUAUGUAAAUGGUUAUGCACAGUGCAUUUUUGAUAAAUCAGUCGUAGAUUUUUACCAUUUUUUAGGGAAAAAACGAGAUGUUAUUCCAUGGACUUCUUUUCAUGGUGCGAUUAAAAAAUGAUUGAAUCACCUUUUUGAUGACAGAAAUCAUUAUAACUCGGUGCAUAAUGCUGAAUAGAUUAAAAUGUCAUUACUUUAUUGUGUACAAAGGGUGACGUAGCAACACGUGGUACCAGUUCCUUUGUACGGGUUUUUGCAAUUUAAACAUAUUAAACGUGACAUCUUAAUUAAUCAAGGUAUUAAUUACUUAAAUUGAUUUCAAACCACAUGUUUUAUCGGGUUGUCAACUGUCUAUCUCGUCAAAUGCCAAUAAUAUUGACCUUAACAUUAUUUAUCUUAUUUCUUUAAUAUUCGAACGCAUAAUCAGAAAAUUCUCGUAUUUAAUUAUUAAUGAUAUUUAUUACUUAUGAGUCAAAUCCACCUUGAAAUGUUUUAAUUGUUAGGUUUUUUGUCAAAUAUCAAUAUAAGUCACGAUUAUCCCUGAGGUGGUUGUGUCCAGUACUAUAAAAUAUUCUCAUAAUAAAAUAUCCUUCCGUUUUCGUAUUUUUAGGAAGGAUAUUUAUUCGCUUGUGAGAUUCCUAAACGUUCAUUUUGUACACAAGAUCCAUUCUUCCUUCCAAUUCUGUUUAUUUUUCU